ACUGGUUCCUAUGGUUCUUAUACAGAGGCAGCAAGGGUGGGGGAAAAUGAGUAGUUGAUUCUCUGCUUGACUACUUGCUAACAUCCCUAAUCCUGACCUGCUUUGUAAGCACUGCGAGAAGCCCUAAGGAGAAGCUUUGUCCGAGACUCCCCCACUCCUGCUAUUAUCCACUCUCAGCCUGUGGUGAAUUCCCCCAGAAACCUAGUACUGUAGCUCAUUUAACCAACAUGAUCUCUUGUCUCCUGUAAGUCUGACCAGUGACCUUGUUUCUGGUUUGAGGUGGUUUGUAGCCAGCAGGGGCUGUGACUGUUAGUGGGAAAUAGGCUGAUAAACUGCUCAAAGGGGGAGCUCACUCAUGACAGACUUGGUCCUACCAUGUUAACAAAUGCCUGAAGAGACUUCUGUUGGGACACUUGCAGCUCAGAGUCUUCACCCCCAGUCUGUCUCCUAGGCAGAGGGGCCUCAAUUACCCAGUCUGUUGGCACAUAAAAUGAUUUCCAUAUUGUCUUUGGUUGAUGCCUUUUAGCCAAGAUGUCAGUGAAUCCUAUGGCAUAUGAAGCUCAGUUCUUUGGUUUUACCCCUCAGACGUGUAUGCUUAGGGUCUACAUUGCAUUUCAAGACUACUUGUUUGAAAUGAUGCUGGUUGUGGAAAGAGUCAUUCUGAAGAAACUAGAAGGCUUUCCUAACUCUAAGAUCAGUCCAUUCCAAAUCCGUAAGAGCACAGAGAAAUUUCUUCUCUUUAUGAAGGAGCGCUUUGAUCAUCUCUUCGGCAAAAUGGAACAAGUGCUUUUGCAGUUGGUGUUAAACAUCCCUAAAAAUGUUUUACUUCCUGAAGACAAGGUCCAGGAGCAGUACCCCUACAGUAAGGAACAGUUUCAAAUGCUGCAAGGUGAAAUUGAUCAACUACAGAAACAAUACAAAGUUGAAGUGUCUGCUAGACAGGCACUUUUAGCAGAGCUUGAAGAACAGAAAGUGGUUCAGACAGAACUUGAGAAGAUUCUCCAGUGGUUUGAUGGGCUAGAGAACAUAUGCAGAGAGCACGGGACUAGCAAUUUAAAGGAGAGCUUUGCAUUCUUGACACAAACUUCUAAGAAAUUGCAAGAUAUACUAAAAGAAGUUGAAAAGAAAAACAAAAGAUUGCCAAAAAGUAAUCUCCAUGUAGUGUAAAUAAAAUACUGAAAGGGUAACAGAGAAACAAGACAAUUUCUCAGGAUUUCUCCAGAAGCAUUUUAAGGUUUUGAGGAUUUUGUCACCUCUUCCUUGCCUUAUCAGUUUUUUACAAAGCUGAUGUGUGUAAAUAUUCUGGGAAACCAUUUUCCCCUCCUGAAUUCUAUAAAUACCGCAUAGAAACUUCUUUAAAAUAACCAUAUCCCCUAGGAAUGUUUAAAUUAAUUAUCCAAAUGGUAGCAGUGCAGAUGCAAAAUAAGUGCAUUGUCAUUACUUCAAUUCUCUGUAUUAGUACAUUUAAGCAACCUUUGAGGUUAAGGUGCUUUUAACCUAUUCUACAUUAAGGUAUUUUUUGGACGUCAAGGGUUAUCAUUAUUGGAAUAUUCCAUAUAGAAACGUAAGAAUGUGACAUAGUAAAACUUAGGGCUUGAGGAGAAAUAAAUUUAAUAAUGUUGGAGUUGGAAAUAAUUUAGACAUUGGUGAGUGAUUUCUAAGAUGGAGAAGUUAGCUAUUACUUCAAGUAUUUUAAAAUUGUGGUUGAUAUUCUGAUGAAGUUAGCAGACUGGGAUGUUUCCUAUUUUUAGUAGGAGCAUUUGACGCACAGUCAGUAUUCGCAAACCUGUUGGUAGUAGGUGAUUUUACUCAUUCUGCAAAUGGAUAGUUUUGCAUUGAUCAAGAGGUACACAACUGUAGAGUGCUGUUUGUUGUAAGAGACAGAUAUGAGCUACUGCAAGAAUAACUAAGACUCUGAACGGCUUUAGAAGUUUUCUUGCAUAUCCUAGUGUCAGCACAACAUUGUACAAUGUGCAACUCUUGCUAAGCAAAAUUAAGUUUGCCCAAUAAUACAAUGGGUGUUCACCUACUUUACUUGGAUGUUGCGAGGACUGAUUAAUAUUUGUGAAAUCUUGAAGUCCUUGAAUUAAGCUUACUUUGAUGGAUUGUGGAACAAGCCCAUAUAAAAUAAAUGCGAUUCUUUCCAUUGAGGUCAGUGGCUUUUGGAUCAAAGCUUAUGUGCAUAUUAGUAUAGUAAAAAGAAGCUUAAAUUUGCAAGCACAAAACUUCAUACUUUAAAGGAUACUUGCUUGAAAGAUGUGAACUUCUAUAUAAUUUGAGCUACUUAAAUAAAAAUUAUACAUGAAGUGACCAAAUAUUUUCUCAGUGCAUUCUGAAACUGUAUGUUCUGUUAAAUUUGUCAAAUACCUGAAGAUUUCUUGAUCAGCUCAGUAAGUUCAAAGAAAAGGAAGGUCAAAAUGUCAAGUCUGUACUGAUUGUGUGCCCAUUAUUACAUUUUGCAACUUACUUUGGGCAACGAAAGUCAGUGUCUACAUCUAAAAAUUUGGCCAGUGACAACUUUCGAUGUUGAACUCUAGUCUGUGUGAACAUACAUCAAAUAAUGCCUAAGCAUUUGCUAAUGCCGGGAUUGGCAAAACACAACCUGCAGGCUGGAGCUGACCCACCAUGACCCUAAAAGCCAUCAAGUGCAGUGGGAUGCUCAGGCUGCCUGACACAGCCCUGGCUAUGCUGCUCCCAGAAGCUGCUGACUGCUUCUAGCAAGCAUGUCUAUCAUGGAAUUCAGCUAAUAAGAGCUGCAGGGAUAGGGACGGAGCUUUCCCCUCUUCAUCCCAAGAGGUGCAUAGGGACAUAUUUGCUAACAACCACCAGCUGCUUUGAGUGGCAUGGGAUCACCAUGGCGUUCAGGCAGUGCCAGCUAGGAGUCACCUAUAGAAAGCCUCUCCCAGCCAGGGCCUAGUCUGCAUCUCUCACCCCUUUUCCACACGCCAACCUCCUGCCCCAGGUCAGAACUGCCUCCUGAAUCCAUACUCCAUACCAAACCCUGCACCCUCUCCUACAUCUCUGUCCCAGGUCAGAACCCCCUCCUGCACUCAAACACCCUCCCAUACCUUAUACUCCCUCCUGCACUCCAA